AUGCGCUUCCCACUCCUCCUCACCACCCUCCUCUCCGCCCUCACCUCCGCUAGAAUCCUCACCUCCACCGACCCCCUCGGCCAACCAGCCGCCCACGUUCACAAAGCCGCCAACUUCGUCCGCGCCGAAUACCAUAUGCUUGAAUUCCACGACCAGCCGGUCAAAGAAAACACGUAUUACAUCGCCUACGUUGUUCGAUUUGAGACUGCUGCGAGGGGUAUGAUCGUCUUUCAAUGGAAGACCUACGAUGAGAAGUUUGUUGUCGAUGAUGAUAUCCCCGCGCGGCUGGUGUUCCAGUCAAACAACGUGCUGUAUGCCUCCUCGUCUCCUGCACCAUGCAGAAGUCGUGCUGACAUGGGAGAAGGGCGUUGGAUGUGA